CAGAGUGAACUAUAAAGGAACUAUACAACAAAAUAUAAAUAAACCAAGGAAUAAACUAUCAAAAUCACUCGAAUUACCCGACAAUUAAAUAAAUUAUUGUAAAGAAAGUUUCAAACAAACUACUUAAUUACAUCUGAGAUCCGAACUGAAUUUAAAAUAUACCUAAUUUUAUUGGGAAAGUUUUACCAGUGGCAGAGUGAACAACCAGUGGUCAUAGAUCAGUUAAAUAAUUUUGGUUUUUCUAAACAACUUUUAGAAAUGGCCGGGGUCAGUCGUCCUAUGAGCCAUAUGAGGAAACUAGAAACUAAAGAAGCUCUGUUCCGUGCAAGGAAACGCAUCCUUAAGUACCUAGUCCUGGGCUUCCUGAAGCAGGAGGGCUUGAUUCGCAGCGCCGAAACCCUGGUCUCGGAAGCCGCUAUGACGGACGAGUACACCCUGUGUGACAACAUCGACCUGGAUAUCAUAUUGCAGGAUUACUGCAGCUACUACAUGAUGCGCUUCAACAAGCAGCCUCAGUUCUGCCGGAAAGUGGAGGAGGCGCCAGUGAAGCGGCCUCAGACGAGGCGAGCCAGACCAGAGCCUGUGGUGGUGAAGGACGAGCCGGAACCCGAUCUGCCUUCCACCUUCACUGUCACCAAGUUAUUAAAGGAAAAUCAGCUGGCUAACUCUACAAUCCCAGCCAUAGAAAGGAAGCCCCUAGCAGGAUUCUUGUCAAACAUCUCAUCAGAAAAGAAACAACUCGUAGAACUGCUCUACCAGGAUAUCAUAAGACCUUCAGGAGCGAGUUGGGACGAUAUCAAGGGUCUGGCAACUGCCAAGAGCAUAUUAAUGGAAUCUGUAGUUUAUCCUGUUAGAUAUCCUGAAGUGUUCACUGGUCUCCUAGAGCCUUGGAGAGGAGUACUACUCCACGGUCCACCAGGUACAGGCAAGACGAUGCUAGCACGAGCCGUCGCCAGUGAGAGCGGGUGCACUUUCUUCAACAUCACCUGCAGUACGGUCGUCAACAAGUGGCGAGGAGAGUCAGAGAAGAUUGUCAAGGUGCUCUUCGAAAUGGCAUCCUACUAUGCCCCCUCAAUAAUCUUCAUAGACGAGGUGGAAACCCUGGCAUCGGAGAGGGGCGCUGGAGAGCAUGAGGCCUCUAGGAGAUUGAAGUCUCAGCUACUGACGGAGCUGGAUGGAAUCACUCAGAGGGAUGGAAUUGUGUUCCUGCUGGUUAACUCAAAUAUGCCAUGGGAAAUAGACCCAGCCAUGCUAAGAAGAUUGGAGAAAAGAAUCUACAUACCGCUACCAGAUUUCAAGACGCGUGAGGAGUUGUUUGAGACGUUUCUAAACAGCAAGAGCAUAGAGCUGGUGCCGAAGGUCAACUUCCAGGAGUUGGCUGCGAAGACCGAGGGUUACUCCGGCAGUGACGUGAAGCUGGUCUGCAAGGAAGCCUUGAUGAGCAGUGUGAGGAAGAUGCUGCCUAGUAUGGGAGGCAAGAAUUAUACCAACCGCAAAGAUAAGAUAUCGCUCUCUGACAUCCUUACGGCGAUCGAGAAGACCAAACCAGUUUCCAAAAACCUGUCAAAAAGACACGAGGAAUGGCAGAACGAAAUGGGCUCAUCUUAACAUCAGACAAAACAAGCAUGAAGGUGGUCACCUAUCGAAAAAUCGAGAUUUAGAAUAGACCUGCGCAGACGACGGACUUUUGUCUUCCGCGGACAAGUCUCUCGUCUGCGCAGGCCCUAAGGUUUUAAUAAUAGUUUUUUGACAUUGAAUAUGUAGAAAUUGUAAAAUAAAACUCAAUCUAUAUACAAGAAUUAUCAUUUAUUAGACAUCUAAUUGAAUUCCUCUAUACAAUUACAAAACUUUGAAAAAUACAUAUUAUUAUUUAUUAUUAUUUCUUAAUAAAUAGAUAAUAGUAAAUCAUUAACUAUUAUACAUACACAGCUCAAUUCC